CAAUUGCUCUCACUAGCGUGUUCUUUCUUGCAGAAAUAAUUAUUGGAUACUGGACAAACUCUUUGGCAUUAGUAACAGACUCUUUUCAUAUGCUAAAUGAUUUAAUAAGUUAUUUAAUCGCAUUAUACGCUUUUAAGCUCGCUUCCGCUACCACAAUUUCUUCAAGAUAUUCAUAUGGUCGGCAACGAGCAGAGGUUUUGGGUGGCUUCAUAAAUGGUGUAUUGCUUCUUAGUUUGUGUUUAAACAUAUUUAUAGAGGCAAUUCAGCGUUUUUUUAUCAGCCAAGAAAUAAAAAAUGUAAUGUUGAUUUUAUAUAUGGGAUUGGCUGGAUUGGCAUCAAAUAUACUAGGACUUUUUCUGUUUCAUGAACAUAGUCAUCAUGGACAUUCACAUUCACCUUCAACAACUUCGGAACGAACCUCAAAAAUGUCAACAAUUGAUGCACAUGAAGAAGAUUCAAUUGAAUUACAAGAAAGAGGUGAAACAAACCGUUCAAGUCAUGUGGCACACACGAAUAAACACGAGAAUUCGCACAGUCAUCUUCAUGAUAAUCACAGCCACCAAGAUCAUAAUAUGAAAGGUCUGUUUCUCCAUGUAUUGGGAGAUGCAUUGGGUAACAUAGGUGUAAUUGCCUCAGCAUUGUUUAUCCGAUACACGAAUUUUGAAUGGAGACAUUACGCCGAUCCGGCAGUCAGGUAA